AUGCGUCUCUUCAACCGCAAGAGCUCCAAGCCCACCAUCGCGCCCGGCGGCAGCCAGCCCAACUCCUCCAAUGGCUCCCUGCGCUCCCCAGGCCCCUCCACCGCCAACGGCUCGCGGCCCACCAGCUUCCCCGACAUCCCUCUGCCACGCGCCCCGGACCCAACCCUCGACCCGGCCGGCUACCUGAGGAGCAUCUACGCCGUCCGCGACCGCUCGCGCCUGGUCCUCGACAAGGCCAAGAAGAACCAGCUCAAGCACUUCACCGUCGACAUGACCAAGUUCACCGACGUCGCCAGCUUCGUCGUGUCCAUCGUCAAGAGAGACUACGCCCCGGACUACGCCUCCAUCCCCCCCCACGGCCGCUGGCAGCACUUCGAGGUCGGCGGCCGCCCGCGCAUCGACCAGCUCAUGGCCUCGUGGCCCUCUACCGUCGACAACUCGGAGCGCACCCGCCGCCUGCUCGAUCUCUUCCUCGUCUCCGUCCUGCUCGACGCCGGCGCAGGCACAAAGUGGCAGUACAAGAGCAAGGAGUCCGGCAAGAUCUACCGGCGCAGCGAGGGCCUGGCCGUCGCCAGUCUGGAAAUGUUCAAGGCCGGAGCCUUCAGCAGCAACCCCAGAGAGCCCUGCCAGGUCGACAGCGCCGGCCUGAGGAAGCUGGACGUGACCAUUGUCUCGCGCGGCCUCCAAGUCAACGCUUCCAAUCCCAUGGACGGUAUCGAGGGACGAACGAACCUGCUCAUUCGACUGUCCGACGCGUUGCAGAACCAGGAAGUCUUUGGCCUGGAUGCGCGGCCUGGAAACAUGCUCGACUACCUGCUUUCCCAUCCUACCACGCAAGCGUCGUCGGUGCCGAUUGUCCCCCUCCCUACUCUCUGGAACACGCUCAUGGAGAGCCUGACACCCAUCUGGCCAGCCACCCGAACGCAGAUUGACGGCAUCCCCAUGGGCGACGCCUGGCCUUGCUCCGUAAUGCCCUCUCACCCUACCCAUCCCUGGGAGAACAUUGUACCCUUCCACAAGCUCACACAAUGGCUGACGUACUCACUCAUGGUCCCAAUGACCAAGUUGAUGGGUGUACACUUCGCUGGCGCCGACCUUCUGACCGGCCUGCCCGAGUACCGCAACGGUGGCCUUUUCAUCGACACUGGACUGCUGACGCUCAAGCCGGAUGACCACAAACGCGGUGUGGCGCAAUACCAACAGAACGCACAAGUCAAGGGCCAGCCCAGCAUGGAGGUCGUGCCCAUGUUCACGGCCGACGACGAUGUAAUCGUCGAAUGGCGUGCAGUCACAGUAGGCCUGCUGGACGAUCUCCUCGUACAAGUCAACUGCUCGCUAGGCUUGAGCGGGCGUGAAAAGCUGAGCUUGGCUCAGAUGCUGGAAGCCGGCAGUUGGAAGGGCGGUCGAGAAAUCGCAGAAGUGUCGCGGCCCAACACAAAAGAGCCGCCUAUUAUGAUUCUGUCCGAUGGAACUGUUUUCUAA